AUGUCUUGGUGGUUGCGCUUUGCAUCUCUAGAUCCCACAGAUGGAGCCUACUUCGCUGGCUUGCACGAGAAGUAUGCGCCCAAAGUCAUGAAUUUGCUGGUAAAGCAAGGAGGCAUUUUCGUGAAGAUUGGGCAGAUGCUGUCCUUGCUCCCCAAGGGUGUCCUGCCAGAGCCCUAUCUCCGGGAGUUCAAGACGCUGCAGACGCGGGUCCCGCCACGACCUGGGUCUGAAGUGCGGCAGUUGAUCUCGGAGGCUUUAGGGGCGCCUUUGGAGUCCGUCUUCUCCGAUUUCGAUGACGUCCCCAUCGGCUCCGCCAGCAUCGGACAAGUGCACAAGGCCACCUUGCGGCUUCGCGGCCUGGAGGUGGUGAUCAAGGUGCAAUACCCUGAAGUCUCCCGGAGCAUUGCAGCGGAUUUUGCCAAUGCCGAACGUAUCGUUUGGCUGUUGGACAAGUCAAAAGUGGACGAUGCUCGGGAAGCGCGAAAGCAUCACUUGGAAGAGCUGGACUUCCAGCAGGAAGCCUCGAACCUGCUGCGUGUUCGCCAGGGCCUUUCUCAGAAGUUCCCGGAGGUCAAAGUGCCUGAGCCAAUUCUGGAGUUCUGCCGACCCACGGUGCUGGUGAUGACGCGUUUAGAGGGCCAUUCCUUGCUAGACGCUAUCAUGGACAUGGCGGAGGCCUCGCGACGCUGGCGCCUGGGAGCCGUGACGGAGUUCAGGCCAUCUUUGCGCAUUCCGGACGCCACGAAACUGAAGCUCUUACAGCUCUGCAUGUCCGCGAGCCGCUCGGCGCGGAACUUUGGUGUGGCUCUCUACAACGCCUCCGCAGGUCGAUUUGGUGCCAACAAACUCUCAUACAGCAGAUCUCUUUGCUGCUUCGACACUCAAGAGAUGUGUCGUAAGCUGUGGCUCAUCCACGGACAUCAAGUGCUGGUGGAUGGAGUCUUCAGUAUCACGGCGUUGCGAAGGUUUGUGACCCUUGGUCAGGUGCCAGAAAAGGAGAUGGACCUGUCCACGCGUCUCCUCAUCGCGCAUUUGCUCCUGGCAUUGGCGGCAGAUGACGACGAUGAUAUUGCACAUUGGUAUCAAGAGCUGGGGAUGAGCAGCCGCAACGGCAGUGUGGAGUUGUUGGCCCUCAAUGCCAAGGUGAAAUUUGGACAUGCCUCGAUCCUGAGCAAGGAAACCUUCGAAAGGUACAAAGUGUUGAAUUCCAAGGACUCCUUAUCGCGUUCCGAGAACGGAUGCCUUUGCCGCCUGGAACGAUUGGUGCAAGUCCUGCGGGGGACGAGUUUUCUGCUGGGAGCACCCAACUAUGGCACCACUCUUUGGGCCGCUGGGCAGCAGGCUUUUUGUUCUGGAAAACGACCGCAAAUGGUUUCCAAAUGUGUCCAAUCAACAUGGUUACUAUGA